UCCUCCUUUUUCUCUCCAGUGUCAAACUUGACAUCAGGCUCGGCGCGCGGAGCAUGGUAACUUCUCCUCGCGCCCCUGGCAUGCGGCAGGAGGAUAUGCGUCCGGGGCUGCCCUCGCCAUGGAUCGCCCGCGCGCCUUUGCCUUCCUCUUCCUCCUGAGCGGGCUGCCGCUCCUCAGCCGGGCGGACCUCAGCCCGCAUCCCAGCAACGAAGUUAAUCUGCUGGAUUCAAAAGCAUUUCAGGGAGAGCUGGGCUGGAUUUCCUAUCCAUCGCAUGGGUGGGAAGAAAUAAGUGGUGUUGAUGAGAACUACACGCCAAUCAGAACCUACCAGGUUUGCAAUGUUAUGGACCACAGUCAGAACAAUUGGCUGAGGACAAACUGGAUACCACGCAACUCAGCUCAAAAGAUCUAUGUGGAGCUAAAGUUUACCCUGAGGGACUGUAACAGCAUCCCACUGGUAUUGGGCACUUGCAAAGAGACCUUUAACCUGUAUUAUAUGGAAACUGAUGAGGAAUAUUCUGUCAAGUUUAGAGAACAUCAGUUUACAAAGAUUGAUACCAUUGCAGCUGAUGAGAGCUUCACUCAGAUGGAUCUUGGGGAUCGAAUUCUUAAACUCAACACAGAGGUUCGUGAAGUGGGACCAGUAAGCCGGAAAGGAUUUUACUUGGCUUUUCAAGAUGUGGGAGCAUGUGUUGCCUUAGUAUCAGUGAGAGUGUACUUCAAAAAGUGCCCUUUCACGGUAAAGAACCUUGCUAUGUUUCCAGACACAGUACCUAUGGAUUCCCAGUCAUUGGUGGAAGUGCAAGGUUCUUGUGUUAAUAAUUCCAAAGAGGAAGACCCACCCAAAAUGUACUGCAGUACAGAAGGCGAAUGGCUCGUUCCCAUAGGAAAGUGCUUAUGCAAUGCUGGCUAUGAAGAAAGGGGCUAUGCCUGCCAAGCUUGCCGACCAGGUUUUUACAAAGCGUCUGCUGGUAAUGUCAAGUGUGCCAAAUGCCCACCUCAUAGUUCUACAAAUGUUGAAGGUUCUACAAACUGCAAAUGUGAAAAGAAUUAUUUCCGAUCUGAGAGAGACCCUCCGUCGAUGGCUUGCACAAGACCACCUUCUGCUCCCAGAAAUGUUAUCUCUAAUAUUAAUGAAACAUCAGUCAUCCUAGACUGGAGCUGGCCUUUGGACACCGGAGGCAGGAAGGAUGUCACUUUUAACAUUGUGUGCAAGAAAUGUGGAGGAACCGCCUACCUGUGUGACCCCUGCAGUGCUAAUGUAAGAUUCCUUCCACGCCAGAUUGGACUCACCAACACCACAGUGACAGUAGUGGACCUCCUGGCUCAUACAAAUUACACAUUUGAGAUAGAUGCUGUUAAUGGAGUGUCUGAUUUGAGCAUCUUCCCAAGACAAUUUGCUGCAGUCAGCAUCACAACAAAUCAAGCUGCUCCAUCCCCUAUUACAAUAAUUAGAAAAGACCGGACAUCUCGGAACAGUGUCUCUCUGUCUUGGCAAGAACCAGAGCAUCCUAAUGGGAUCAUCUUGGACUAUGAAGUCAAGUACUAUGAAAAGCAGGAACAAGAAACAAGUUACACCAUUCUGAGAGCGAAAAGCACUAACGUUACCAUCAGUGGUCUCAAACCAGACACAAUGUAUGUUUUCCAAAUCAGAGCCCGAACUGCUGCAGGAUAUGGGACCAACAGCCGCAAAUUUGAGUUUGAAACAAGCCCAGACUCUUUCUCCAUCUCCAGUGAGAAUAGCCAGGUUGUCAUGAUUGCUGUUUCAGCUGCAGUAGCAAUUAUUCUGCUAACAAUUGUCGUUUAUAUUCUGAUUGGGAGGUUCUGUGGACACAGUAAAUCAAAACAUGGAGUUGAUGAGAAGAGACUCUACUUUGGUAAUGGACAUUUAAAACUCCCUGGCCUUAGAACUUAUGUGGAUCCACAUACAUAUGAAGAUCCCAGUCAAGCUGUCCAUGAAUUUGCCAAAGAACUCGAUUCUUCCAGCAUAGCCAUUGAUAAAGUUGUUGGAGCAGGUGAGUUUGGAGAAGUAUGCAGUGGCCGUCUAAAACUUCCUUCCAAAAAGGAAAUGUCAGUCGCAAUCAAAACCUUGAAGGUUGGUUACACAGAGAAACAGAGGAGAGAUUUUCUAGGAGAGGCCAGUAUCAUGGGACAAUUUGAUCACCCCAACAUCAUUCGGCUAGAAGGAGUUGUCACCAAAAGUAAACCUGUUAUGAUAGUUACUGAGUACAUGGAAAAUGGCUCUUUGGAUAGCUUCCUGAGGAAACAUGAUGCUCAGUUCACCGUCAUCCAGUUAGUGGGAAUGCUCCGAGGAAUUGCAUCUGGCAUGAAGUAUUUGUCAGAUAUGGGUUAUGUCCACCGUGACCUGGCUGCCCGCAACAUUCUCAUCAAUAGCAACCUGGUAUGCAAGGUCUCUGACUUUGGCCUUUCCCGUGUUCUAGAAGAUGAUCCAGAAGCUGCUUACACAACAAGGGGAGGUAAGAUUCCGAUCCGGUGGACAUCUCCAGAAGCCAUUGCAUACCGCAAAUUCACAUCUGCUAGUGACGCAUGGAGCUAUGGGAUUGUUCUUUGGGAGGUGAUGUCCUAUGGAGAGAGACCAUAUUGGGAAAUGUCAAAUCAGGAUGUAAUUAAAGCCGUGGAGGAAGGAUAUCGCUUGCCACCUCCCAUGGACUGCCCAGCUGCUUUGUAUCAGUUGAUGCUGGACUGUUGGCAAAAAGACAGAAACAACAGACCGAAGUUUGAGCAGAUUGUCAGCAUCUUGGACAAGCUGAUCCGUAAUCCCAGCAGUCUAAAAAUAAUCACCACUGCGGCUGCAAGGCCCUCAAAUCUCCUUCUGGACCAAAGCAGCAUUGAAAUCUCCGCUUUCCGCUCAACAGGUGACUGGCUGAAUGGCAUUCGGAUAGGACAAUGCAAGGACAUAUUCACAGGAGUAGAAUACAGCUCAUGUGAUACAAUAGCCAAGAUUUCCUCAAAUGACAUGAAGAAGGUUGGUGUGACAAUUGUUGGGCCGCAAAGAAAGCUUAUUAGCAGUAUUAAGUCUCUAGAAAUGCAUACGAAGAAUGGCCCUGUUCCUGUGUAAACUACCAAAACGUUGAUGCUCAGGACAUAACAAGAGGCAAGAAGAUGUUACUGCAAAGGUCAUGACAAUGCGUGAGAAACAGCAAGUUUUAAAAGGCACUCUUGUAACAAUGUGGGAAAGAUGACAUUUGGGUGGCUGUUGCAUGCCCCCAAAGAGACUCAUAAGAUGAGUUCAAUUGCCUUAAAAUAGGAAUGAAAAACAUUUUUUCUAUCUCUUAUUCUUGAAGGAGGGUGUUUUUUUCCCCCUUUGUAAUAAUGGACUGCUCAAACAUGUGAUGCAUUUGAAAAAAAUGUUUUAAAAUGUUUUUAAAAAAUCCUUCCAUGUACCUUAGAGAGCCAUUCAAAUGUCAAUGGACUGAAUUCUGCAAAAGGCAAGCAAACUGUGGAUGUAAUGCUGUGUUUUGACUGCCUGUCUACAGCAGCAAGUAAAUAAAUUACCCCUUGCAGUAUUUUUUUAUAUGUGAAAAGGAUAGGUGAUUAGCAUUUUAUUUCUCUAAAAUAUUUCUAGUAGGGAUAUUUGGGGAUGAUACCUCAGACUUUUCUGGCCAUAUUUGCAAUGAUAGUCUUUCAAUAUUCCAUUUCAACUGUGGAAGGAAAACAUGGAUAAUGUUUGGGAUCAAAUGGAGGCAAUAGAUCAAUAAUAUUUGUGAUGGGGCUAGCUUGAUGUGUGUGUUCUUGUUUUUAAGAAAACAAGUCUUAACUUUUUUUCUAUAUAAAAGGCCUAUUUAUUUCCCUUUCAUGUAUGUUCCUGAUUUUUUAUAUUUAUAUGGGAUUUUUUUGGGAUUUGUGAUUACCAAGUGCCAAAUUCUCUCAGACUUUGGCUGCAUUCUUAAUAUUUGAGUGAUUCCAUGAGACAUUUCCAAAUAAACAGCCCCAAUACAGUUUCCAUGCAGACAGGGAUCUGUGUGCCCAUACUAAGGCUAUAUCUGCACUAUAGAAUUAAUACAGUAUGACACCACUUUAACUGGCAUGGUUCAAUGCUAUGGAAUCAUGGGAGUUAUAGUUUGGUGAAGCAACAGCAUUGUUUGGCAAAGAAGGCUAAAGACUUGUAAAGCUACAACUUCUAUGAUUCUAUCGUAAUGAGCCAUGGCAGUUAAAUUGAUGUCAAACUGAAUUGACACACAGUAUAGAUGCACUAUAUUGUAUCUAAAGGUGGAAAUUUUCAUUCAUAAUAUAUGAUGUAGUCCAAAUUAAUAAGGAACCACACAAUCAUUUUUCUAUGGGGUCAAAGGUUUUGAUGAGCUGUUUAUAUAUUUUCCACCAACUAGCACAAGCUUGCAUAAUUGCAUGUACUUGGAAUAUCUGCAGGUUAUACCUAGCUAUUGGAAGGUCUUUUUUAAAAAGUAUAUAAUGUGAUGUUUCAUCAAAAGACAAUUCACUUAGCUUUACCUGGAAUUGAAAAAGAAGGAAAGAGGAAGAUCUUUUUUUUUUUUAGUUUUUACAGUAUACCGAUAAUAUCCACCUAGAGUAAAUCAUAUUGUUUACUUCUAAGGUUGAAAUCCUAAACACAUUUGGAGAGUACAGUAAUCACCAUUUGCUACAGGGACUUUUCUACUAAGUAAAUAUGCACAGGAUUGAAUUGCAAUAGAUCAGUACUCUUGCAAAA